AAACAUGAAACGUUCCCGACUUUGUAAGUAUUAUAAACAAAACCGUCAUGACGAACACUUCGAUACAGCUGCCAUGCGCGGCACAGAGUGUCGGCGCAGUCAAUAGUCUAGUUACCACACUGGUCCAAACGAUAUUAACAGCAAACUGCGCUAUUUCUGCAAAGUCCGACUGGCCUCUGGACUACGGCGAUGGUGCACUGAAGGAUGGUAUCGGGAAAUACGAUUUCAUAGUUAUAGGUGCUGGCUCGGCAGGCUCGGUUGUAGCCAGUCGUUUGAGCGAGAAUGUCAAGUGGAAAGUGCUGGUGUUGGAGGCGGGCGAUGACCCACCACAGGAGUCAGAGAUUCCCGGCUUGCAGGGUCAUUUGCAGCGCACUCGUUACUCUUGGGAUUACUACGCGGACCCACAACCACACAUUUGUCAAGGGUUUAGGCGCCGAUUGUGCUACAACCCGCGCGGUAAGCUCAUAGGCGGCACAGGCGCAAUAAAUGGUCUGGUAUACGUGAAGGGGCAUCGCCAGGAUUUCGACGACUGGCUGGCAGCGGGCAAUACACAGUGGGGCUGGGCUGAUGUGAAGCGAUUUUAUGAGCGCGCUGUGCGCCCUGUGGGCAAUACCACGCAUCCCAUGGGCUAUGUGGUAAUCGACGCAAAUAAAGAUGUAGGCAAUGUGCUGCUGAACAACGCCAUUUUCAAUGCUACUGCAGAAUUGGGCGUGCCCUCCAAGUCGGAGUUCGAGGACGGCGUAGAAAUAGGCACUGCAUUCGAGCCAAUGAUUACUAGCAAUGGUAGACGCAUNCGCGAACGUUAUGAGUUGAGUGCUGAGGUGCGCAAGGAGGUGGUGCUCUCGGCAGGCACCAUAGAUUCGCCCAAGUUGCUGAUGUUAUCGGGCGUGGGACCGCGCAAGCAUCUUGAAAAGCUGGACAUACCGGUGGUGCACGACCUGCCAGUUGGUUCAAAUCUACGCGAUCACAUAGCCCUAAGGGUUCAGUUUAAAUUGGAAAACACAUCUUUCGACGCGUUUGAGCAGACGAGGCACAUCGAUUUAUUAUACCAAUUCCUGACUCGCAACAACAGUCAGUUUGGUAACGGAUCCAAUAGUAUCACCACCUUCGUAAACACCAAAGGUGAUAGCGAUUUACCAGAUAUGCAAUAUCACUACACACUACACCAACAAGGCGAUGUUGAGUCCAUCAGAGUCAAUUUUGCAGGACGUGGCGAGAAGUACACAGCGCGCUUAAUUCGGCAAUUAAGGAACACACAUUUGAUCACCUUUUUAUUGUUGUCGACCAAGCCUCGCUCCGUAGGCAAAAUACGUCUGCGCAGUUCCGAUUACCUUGAUCAUCCACGCAUCUUUUCGAAUUAUUUUAGUGAUCCCGAAGACUUGGCGACUAUGUUGCGCGGUAUACGCUUCAUCGAACGCUUAGAGCGCACAAAGGCUAUGCGGGAACUAAAUGCAACCCUGUUGCGUAUACCACUCGGGGAGUGCGAUAAGUACAAGUACCGUUCGGAAGCCUACUGGCGUUGCUACGUUAAAUACUUCGGAGAGGCGGGUUAUCACCAGACCGGCACGGUAAAAAUGGGCCCCAGUAGCGAUCAGGGAGCAUGUGUGGAUCCACGCUUACGACUUUAUGGUGUGGAUAACUUACGAGUGGCCGAUGCCAGCAUAAUGCCCGAUGUGCCACACGGAAAUACGAACGCACCGACGAUUAUGAUUGGCGAAAGAGGGGCGGACUUUAUAAAACAGGAUUGGAAAGAGGAUGGCCAAGGGGCGAAUGAGUCAAAGUGA